AUGGCCACGAGAAUCGCAUACGCCUUUAUCCUUCUUAUCAACUCGAUCGUUUCGUGGAUUAUGCUCACACCAUGGGCGCUGAAGAAGUUGCAACACCUCACACUGGACUAUAUGGAGAUAAAAUGUGACGGGAAGGAAUGCUACGGCUGGGUUGCGGUUCAUCGGAUCAACUUCGGUCUUGGGCUGUUCCAUCUGGUCCUAGCCGUGUUCUUGCUCGGUGUAAGGUCGUCGAAGGACAACCGAGCGGCUCUGCAGAAUGGCUUCUGGGGCCCGAAGAUUGUGCUCUGGUUGCUAUUUGUGGUCAUGUCAUUUUUCAUUCCCGAAUCGUUCUUCUUCGUCUAUGGACACUAUAUUGCGUUCUUCUGCGCUAUGCUCUUCUUGCUCCUGGGUCUCAUUCUUCUUGUCGACCUGGCGCACACAUGGGCGGAGCUGUGCUUGCAGAAGAUUGAAGAGAAUGAUUCGAGGACGUGGAGGGGGCUGCUUAUUGGCUCAACGUUGGGCAUGUUCAUUGCAUCUAUUGCGAUGACGAUCUUGAUUGGAUGUUCCAUGAACCAGGCUGCUAUAUCGAUCAACUUGGUUGUUUUCUUGAUAAUUUCGUUCAUCUCGGUGCAGCCUGCAGUCCAGGAAAACAACCCACGUGCCGGAUUGGCUCAAGCUGCCAUGGUGACGGCUUACUGUACUUACCUGACAUUGUCGGCUGUCUCAAUGGAACCCGAUGAUCGUCAAUGCAACCCCUUGAUCCGCGCUCGUGGCACUCGGACCGCCACUAUCGUUCUCGGUGCUAUUGUCACUAUGGCCACCAUCGCUUACACCACCACCCGAGCCGCCACCCAAGGCUUUGCCCUGGGCUCCAAAGGCCAUAUCGAGCUUGGCGCUGACGACAACGAGCAUGGCCUUGUCACCCAGCAACCCUCCAUCCGCCGCGAGAUGCGCGCUGAGGCUCUCCGCGCAGCAGUCGCUAGCGGCAGUCUCCCAGCCAGCGCUCUAGACGAAAGCGAUGAUGAGGAUGAAUACGACGUGAAAGAUGACGAGAAGGGAUCUACUCAGUACAACUACUCUCUUUUCCACAUCAUUUUCUUCCUGGCCACGACCUGGGUCGCAACCCUCUUGACACAGAACCUAGACCCGGAAUCUGUUGACGAUUUUGCCCCAGUAGGCCGGACCUACUGGGCUAGUUGGGUGAAGAUUAUCAGCGCCUGGGUAUGCUACGCUAUAUACCUGUGGACCCUGGUCGCCCCGAUCCUUCUCCCCGACCGGUUUGAUAUGUACUAG